UUGUUGGUUACUCUUUACUCUUAAUCAAGAUGGCGGCUUCCUUGAGCUUCGUUUGUUUCUUUGCCGUGUUUACUGUUUCCUAUGUGGUCUGAGCAUGGAGUAAGGAAGGACAUCAUUCAUACGUAAACUUGGUUUUCAAUAAAACCUGUCAAAAUGAUGGCCACCGAGGAAAAACCAGCCGAGGUUCCCGUUACGGAGCAAGCAAUCAGUUCAGAGUCCAAACAAGUGGAGGUCGAUGCAGAUACCUCUACACAAAUAGAAACAGAAGUUGCUCCAACAAACGAAGAACCAGAACCCGAGGUGAAAAUGGAGACGGAUGAAACACAGUUAGAAGACUCAAGCAAUGUCAAUGCAGAGGUAGUUGAACCUAUGGAAACUAAACCAGCAGAACCCAUAGCAGAACCUAUAGCCGAAACUGAACCCGAAACCAAAGAGAAAGAAGUGGAGGACGUCGAACCAGCUAAGAAAGAGGUGGAGGUUAUUGAGAAAGAUGAUGAAGAAGUAAAAGUUAGUGAUGAGAAAGAUGUUAAAGAAGGAGCUGUAGAGGAAACACCCAAAGAACUCGUGGAGGAAAAGGAAAUUGUUGUCGAGGAUAAGGUUGAUCCCGUCGUCGCCCCAAACUCAUGUGAACAGGUGAACGAGCAAGUACUUUGUAAAGAAGAGUCUACAGAAAUAAUUGAAGACUGGGAUGUUUUAGGAACAGACGAUGAGGAAGGAGAGGUCGCUCAGGAUAAGAAGCGAUCUGGAGUGUGGAUGCCCAACGCCAACAUCAUCAUCGACCUCUACCAGAAGCUCGACAAGGAGGGGGUUCUGGAGCUGCAGUGGAAGUGCCCGGGGAGACGUCAACCUGAGAAGGAAAAAACAGAGAAUGAGGAGACGGAGAAGAUGGAGGAAGAGAUCGAGACGAAGGAAACUGAAGAAAAGAAAGAGGAAGAGGAACCCACAGAGUUUGAUUUUGACAUUGAUACUCCAUCCAUUACAAGCAUGACUCCAAGACGGACACCAGGCAGUGGUCAUGCCCAAGGAAGUGGCAAGAAGCGAGUAGCCAGAAUGGACAAGAUCUUCAACGAUAUGAUGAGACACAAGAGGAUUGACGAGGAACUGCAGAGGUUUGGAGAAGACGAUGAUGAACCAAAUAGAACAGACACAACACCACAGAGAGCCAUCGGCAAGUUUAGAAUCAGAAAAGAUUUCUGAUCCUACGUUCCUCAGGGAUGCCGUGGCCAAGCAGUUUAGCGUGAUGGACUCAAGUUCUCAGGCCUGAUACUGCAGAGGUUUGGAGAAGACUCUUGUGAACCAAAUAAAACAGACACAACACCACAGAGAGCCAUUGGCAAGUUUAGAAUCAGAAAAGAAAGCUUUCUACUAUCAUUAUCUUCAAACGGUGUAAGUUUAAUGUAAAUCUGUGGACAUUGUGACAUUGUGUUACAAAAAGUACCAGACACUCUAACUUAGAGCUAGCCUUAAGUUUCUAAUAACUCCUUGGACUAUCUUUGUGUAAUAAACCCCAGGCCCGUCUUCAUAGGGCUGCUUCAACUGACAAAUAUCGCUUAAAGGCAGUGGACACUUUUGGUAAUUACUUAAAAUAAUUAUUAGCAUAAAACCUUUCUUGGUGACGAG